AUGGCUCGGGAUAUGUCCGAUAAGGAGAUCCUGAAAAUGGAGCUGGAGCAGCUCAAGAAAGAAGUAAACACAACAAGGACACCAGUGGGUGCAAAUGUUACAGAAACAAUCUCCUUUGUGGAAGCGCUUCUUCCCAACGACCCUCUCAUCAAGGGCGUUCCUGAUGACAAGAACCCCUACAAAGGUGAUAAGGGUGGCUGCAUAAUCACAUAG